GGCGCGAAAUCCCCGCGCAUGCGCGCCACACGGAGGGACGGUGUGGAGGGGCCACUAAUCUCUCCGCGUGGGCCCUAUGCGAGGCACGUUACACCUCAUGACGUCAGCGCGCAGCGUCACGCCGGUGGGACGUACAAAAGUAAAAUAUCACAGUCCCUGUUUCCUUCUGUGGGUGUCAGUCAUUUAAGAGACUUGAUUUCUAAGCAUUGGUAACAUGGCAAAAGAUGCUGGACUAAUUGAAGCCAACGGAGAGCUUAAGGUUUUUAUAGACCAAAACCUUAGUCCUGGGAAAGGAGUAGUUUCAUUAGUGGCUGUUCAUCCUUCUACAGUAAAUACACUUGGAAAACAACUGCUGCCAAAAACAUUUGGACAGUCUAAUGUCAAUAUUACGCAGCAAGUGGUUAUUGGUACACCUCAGAGACCUUCAGCGCCAAAUACUAUCCUGGUAGGAAGUCCACAUACACCCCAUUCACACUUUGUAUCACAGAACCAGACUGCAGACUCUUCGCCUUGGUCUGCUGGGAAGCGUAACAAAAAAGGAGAGAAGAAUGGGAAGGGUUUGCGACACUUCUCUAUGAAGGUUUGUGAGAAGGUACAGAGAAAAGGAACCACCUCAUAUAAUGAGGUGGCAGAUGAGUUGGUUGCAGAGUUCAGUACCACUGAUAAUCACAUUUCACCAAAUGAAUCACAGGCUUAUGACCAGAAGAAUAUUAGACGACGUGUCUACGAUGCCUUAAAUGUCCUGAUGGCUAUGAACAUUAUCUCUAAGGAGAAGAAGGAAAUCAAAUGGAUUGGUCUACCUACUAACUCGGCUCAGGAAUGUCAAAAUUUAGAGGUGGAACGACAGAGAAGACUUGAAAGAAUAAAGCAAAAACAGUCUCAGCUACAAGAACUUAUUCUACAGCAAAUUGCCUUCAAGAACCUAGUUCAACGAAAUCGUCAGACAGAACAACAGGCAAAUCGACCACCACCUUCCAAUUCUGUCAUACAUCUGCCAUUUAUCAUUGUAAACACCAGCAAGAAAACAGUGAUUGAUUGCAGUAUUUCAAAUGACAAGUUUGAAUAUUUAUUUAAUUUUGACAAUACUUUUGAAAUUCAUGAUGAUAUAGAAGUACUAAAGCGAAUGGGAAUGGCUUGUGGGCUAGAAUCUGGAAGCUGUUCAGCAGAGGACCUAAAAAUUGCAAGGAGUUUGGUUCCUAAAGCUCUGGAACCAUAUGUGACAGCAUCCUGCUCUCUACUACAUCUUUCUAUGAAGAUAGCAUUUUUGGUCAUCAUCAUGUCUGCCAGAAAAAUUGGGGCUGUAAGGAUGCUCGUGGAAGACCUUCCCUAUACAGCUUUCCACAAAGAUAAGAGAUGGCUCAGGGAUCAAUCAGCAGUGUAUAUGUAACAUCUUCGUCGGGUUCUACUUCAGAUGUCACAAGAUUUUCUGCCAAUGACUUCAGCAAUGGUGGAGAUGGGAUGUUAGCCACAAGUUCCAAUGGAUCUCAAUACAGUGGCUCAAGAGUUGAAACGCCAGUCUCGUAUGUUGGAGAUGAUGAUGAUGAGGAUGAUGACUUUAAUGAAAAUGAUGAUGAUGACUGAUCCUUUCUGAUUGUAGACUUUUCAGGAAUAAAAUUGUUCUAGGGAGAGUGUGCAUGUGAGUGCACACUCUCUUUUAUCUUUUUCUUUCUCUCUCUCAAAAAAAAAAUAUAUAUAUAUAUUUUGCCCCGUCCCACAAGGAAAAUAUUGGUAAGCAGUUCUAAGUUUAGAAAUUGCACCUCGGAUAAGCAAAUAAGGAUUGUUUUAUGUAGGAUAUUUUUAAAUGUGGUGUGGAUGUGUGUUUUGAUACCAGUGUGUUAAUGCAGAGCCUUUAUUAUUUGCUCCUUUUUUUGUACUUGAAGGAAAAUGCAUUUUGCCACAAAUGUUAUUGCUAAGUUUGCUAAAGAAAACGUAGCCACAUGAAUGAAGAAAUAAAAUGCUGUCUUUCUAUGAAAAAUGGAUACACUGAAUGGCCAUAAGUUUGGAGUGUAUUUUGAGGAUACCCUUUGUUGAGGGAUGGCAAGCUCAUGUAGUAGUUGAGGGUUUUUUGUUAAUCAUGCAGUGUCCAAAGAACCAAACAAGAUCAUCUUACUUUUUUACAUGUUAAAUUCCAGAAAUAUUAUUGUGAAUUUAUUUUUCCUCAAUAUCUAACAUGAUUCCAUCAAGUUUAUAUGCUGUUUUCACUGUACGUUGGAACAUAUGAAUUACAAAGUUUUGGCAAAUGUUUACUGCCAGCUGAUGCAGCUAUUAAUGUCUUGAGGGUUUGGAAUGAGUUAUUGCUUAUGGUAAAAAUUGCCUGAUUUCUUACAGGCAGACUUUGGAAACUUUUUAUUAUAUAGUUGUUUACAUACUUAUAAGUCUAUCAUAUAAAAACAUGUACUGAAACAAAUGUUUGUAUUUGUUUCAUAAGCAUCUUCCUGUAAUCUAUUAUAAAGUUGAAAUUAAAUAUAGAGAAUGUUUUAAGUUUUUUAACUCAAAAUUGUCAAUCAUUUUUAAUAGUUCAUUUUUAUAAAACAAAUUUCAGGGCAGGUGGUAGUCUUUUAAAAAUUUAUUCACAAAACAUUUAACUGCACAAAUACUGUCAGCUGCCUAUCUAAGACAGUAGUCUUUUUAUUGAAACACAAAUAAACUUUUCUGUAAUAUUUUAUGGAAUAUAAAGAGACUUUAAUUGUUUGACUUGUUUAACCUUGGCACUGUUAGUUUUUAUUAAUAAAACGCGCAUGGGCAUUUUUAA